ACUGUUACUAUUUAUUCUGUCCGAACUUUCCUCAUCUCUUCUCUCCGUCUCUGAUCGUCCUCAUCUCGCCAUCUCUUCUUUACCUCCCCCGAAAUUCGCUCCUUGAGCUUCAAUGGCGAACUCCAACGGCGACCUCCGCACCCCUCUCCUCCCCGGCGGUGGACGCGAUUCCGAUGUCAUCCUCGACAUCGACUGCGAGCGCCGCCCCGCCGGACCGCCGGAGAACCCCUUCGAGUUUCUGGGCGCGCCCCCGCUGGCCCUGCCCCGGCCGAUCCCCGUCGAUCCCUUCCGCAACCACACUCCGUCUAUUGCCGGGGGCUAUGAGUGGUUCAAGGUGGUCCUUUGCUUGCCCGUCGCCCUCGCGCGGCUGGUGCUCUUCGGGCUCGCCCUCGCGGUGGGAUUCCUGGCAACCAAGCUGGCGCUGCAGGGGUGGAAGGACAAACAGAGCCCGAUGCCCCGGUGGCGGAGCCGGAUCAUGUGGGUCACCAGGAUCUCCGCUCGUUGCAUCCUCUUCACCUUCGGGUAUCACUGGAUUAAGAGAAUAGGAAGGCCUGCAUCGCGUGAGGUUGCACCGAUAGUUGUUGCUAAUCAUAUCUCAUACAUAGAGCCCAUAUUCUUUUUCUAUGAACUAUUUCCAACUAUUGUUGCUUCCGAGUCACAUGAUGCCUUGCCCUUUGUUGGAACUAUUAUUAGAGCCAUGCAGGUUAUUUAUGUUGAUAGGUUCUCAGCACCAUCGAGAAAGCAUGCUGUUAGUGAAAUAAAGAGAAAGGCUUCAUGCAAUGGUUUUCCACAUGUUUUACUGUUUCCUGAGGGAACCACUACAAAUGGGAGGUCUCUUAUUUCAUUUCAACUUGGUGCAUUCAUUCAUGGCUUCCCACUUCAACCUGUGGUUGUGCGUUUUCCCCAUGUACAUUUUGACCAGUCAUGGGGGAAUAUUUCGUUGAUGAAGCUCUUCUUCAGAAUGUUCACUCAGUUUCACAAUUUCAUGGAGGUGGAAUACCUCCCCAUCAUUGCCCCACUUGAGAAACAAAAAAAUGCUGUUCAUUUUGCUGAGCGGACUGGCUAUGCUAUGGCGAGCGCACUUAAUGUUGUACAAACAUCUCAUUCUUAUGGUGAUCUAAUGCUUAUGACAAAGGCAUUGGAGCUAGCAAAGGACAAAUGCUCAACAUCAAAUUAUAUGGUAGAAAUGGCAUGGGUCGAGAGCUCAUUCAGCAUAAGCACAUCAGAAGCCAUGGAAUUGUUAGAUCGGUUUUUCUCUAUGCACCCAGAUUCCAACGGACGCGUUAAAAUUCAUGGUUUUUUAUCUGCUUUUGGGUUGGGGCUUUGUCCUCUUUUUGAGAAGAUAUUUGGCUAUUUUGAUGUGGAAAAGGAGGGAGCUAUUACAUUUCGUCAGUUCUUGAUCGGAUCAGCACAAAUCAGGAAGCAGCCAUUAUUUUGGAGAGCCUGUGAAACAGCUUUUAAUAACUGCAGAGAGAUGAAUACAGAUCAAAUUUCUGAAAGAAGGCUCGGAGACAUCAUUCAAUCAAUUUUACCCAGCACAAGUGAAAACUUGGAACAUCUAUUCCAUAUACUUGACGUUGACAACGAUGGCCUUGUCAGUAGAGAUGAUUUCAUGACGUGCCUCAAGAAGAACCCACUACUGAUAGCCAUUGUUGCUGCUUGCAUGAAGCAUGAGAGUUGAUGGUCUGAUGGAGUUGUAACCAUGAUUAUUUAUCAGAACUUGCAUGGUGCGUUUAUCAAAGAGAUGACCAUGGAACCCCCUCCUGGAAUCUCUCCGGUAGCUGACCAUUCAAGUCAGUUUUUUUGUUACAUUGAAUGGUUAUAGCUUCCAAUUUGAAGAGCUGUAAAGUUGAGCUGUGGAGCGAAAAGAUGCUGCAUGCAUUGUGGUUGUCUUACAGUGUUGCAUGCCGAACAGGCGUAUGCAAAGGUCGAGAAUUCACCUAAUUUUGAGAAAGAUUUUCGUGUAAAAUGCAUUAUAGAUUUGGACCCUUAUUAGAAACAUUUCCAUGAUGUCUUAUUUACACUAGAACUGAACUUGAAGUUUGUAAUACAUUUCACUGGUGUACACAAUCAUUUACAACGUAUGUGUUU